AUGGCCACGACGGCCCUCUUUCGCGCCACAGUCCGCGCGAUCCGCGCGGCGACGCCGGACGGCGCUGCGCUGCGCAUCAGGCAGCCGGUGCUCGAGAGCCCGGUGCAAUGGAUGGCAAACGAGCCGCUGCCGCAGCACCUGAUGAUCGACGAGACGCCAGCGACGCUGAUCGGAGGCGUCUUCCCGAGCCUCCUCGAUGAGGCCGGCGCGCUGCGCGGCGGACACGACCUGUGGGGCGACGGGCUGCCGCUCGAGCUCAGCCGUGAGCGUUGCACGCGCAUCGCGAGAAGCAGGUUUGCUGACGCGGAGAGUGCCUCGCUCGACGAGGGCUUCGCCGCACUGCGCGCGCUGGGUGAUCAGAUCGCGCUCGCCCAGCGCACCUCGGUCGCGCGGACCAGCGGCCUAUGCGUCGAGGCGAGCUCCGCCUAUCGCGGCCGCGCCCAGGCCGGGCUGUGGGUCUUUUCGUACCGGCUGCGUGUGCGCAACGAGAGCGACGAGCCGGUGCGGCUGCUGGGGAGGCACUGGAUGAUCAGGAACGCGGACGGCUCCGUGCACGCAGAGGUGCCCAAGUGGGGCGCCGGCAUCGUCGGCCAGACGCCGCUGCUCUCGCCGGGCGCCGCCUUCGAGUACGCCUCUGGCACCAGCCUCUCCUCGCCAAACGGCAGCAUCGGGGGCGCAAUUCGCGCGGAGCGUGGCGACGGCCACACCUUCGAGGCGGCCGUCGGCUGCUUCCCGCUCCUCUCCUCGCCGAGCGACGACUGA